GAUUAAACAGCGGAAGAUUUAAAACGAAGAUGGCGGCUGGAAGUGAUCCUCACAACAAUCACAAACUGAGCAGAAGGGCGACACAAUGCAGCAUGUUUAUCAGCCAGGAAAAGCCAAACACGAGCCAGCCUGUGAUCUUUAACCCGGACUUCUUUGUGGAGCGGCUGCGACACGAGCAUCCACAGGCCUUUGCGGAUUUGGUACUAAGUAAUAUCACUCGUCUCAUUGACCUUCCCGGGGACGCGUUUUCCCAGCUCACCGGAGAGUCCGAGGCUAAGCUGCCCUCCGCCGCUGGCUUUCUCCGCUCCUUCAACUUCCUGAAACGUAAAGACAAAGGAGUUGUUUUUGGGGCACCAUUAACUGAAGAAGGAAUAGCACAGAUCUAUCAGCUAAUUGAAUACCUGAGUAAAAACCUUCAUGUGGAGGGAUUGUUUCGUGUACCAGGCCACAGCCUAAGGCAGGCAGCCCUGAAGGAGAUGCUGAAUGCUGGGGCAGAGAUAGAUCUAGAGACCGGGGACUUCCACCCCAAUGAUGCGGCCACAUUGCUCAAAGCCUACCUGGGAGAGCUGCCAGAGCCUCUGCUCACGCACAGACACUAUCAUGCCCACCUGAAGAUUGGAGAUCUGACUCGUUUUGAUGAUAGAGGAGAUAAGACGAAUAUACCUGACAAGGAACUCCAGAUUGAAGCAUUUCAGCUGCUUUUCAUGCUGCUCCCACCAGCCAACCGCAGCCUGUUGAAACUGCUGCUGGACCUGCUGUACCACACAGCUCGAAAUCAGCACAUCAACAAGAUGUCCGCUAUCAAUCUAGCCACAAUGUUUGCUCCACACAUCAUCUGGCCCAAAAAUGUGAUGGCAAGUGAUCUGCAGGAAAACAUCGAGCAACUGAAUAAUGGCAUUGCGUUCCUUAUCAGGCACUCGCAGAAACUGUUCAAGGCACCUACAUACAUCAAAGAAUAUACUCGCUUGUACUUCACAGGAUCAAAAACUCUUCAAUCAAAGGAUGACUUGACGCUCUGUUCUGGGACUGAAGAUGGGCUCAUAUCUGCCAUAACGGCUGCCUCCCCUUCUCCCUCCAUGAGAACAAUCAGUGGUGAGGUCAGCAGCACCCCCACUAAGUCUACGCAGAGUUACACUGAAUGUGCCCUCAGAGAGCUGUACCAGCAGGUCAACAACCUGCCUGAGUCUGCCAAAAAGAAAAAGCUCAUCAGACAGUUUGAUAAGCAGCCUUUGCUGACCCCUUCGGCUGACUCACGGACACCCUUCAGCAGGAAACAUUGGCGUUCACGAUCUCUGGGGGGAAUUAUCAAGAGGAAGGUGUUGGGAAGCCAAGUAUUACCAGAGAAAGAAAACAGCAGUCUGCAGAGUCCUCUACCCAGCUGCCAAUCGGUGGCCAGGCAAGAGAAAACACUCGCUGUGGAGGAGAUUCUCUAACCGAUUGCACUCUUCACAACUAAGGAAACAUCAGGCUGACUGUUAUGUUAGGGGUAUUAAAUUAUCUGUGGUGUCGACACAAACUAAACAGUGUAAAGCAAGGCAGUGAAGUUUAUUUCUUAAAGGUUAGUAAGAUGGCAGGAAACCACCCCAUUUCCUUUGCAGUCGAGCAUGUUUUACGUAACCUACAUAAAUGGGGUUAAAGGACACCAGUGAGGAUGUUGCAUGCAUUAUUGUAAAUCAAUGAAAUGUACCAGUUUUCUUACCCAGUCGUUCUUGUUCUUUUACAAUGUUUAGCAGGAUGUGAGUGACAUGUAUUUGUGGCUAUUUAGCUUUACCAUUGACUGAAACAUGUUCAUUUCAUUUGCAAACUUAUGUAUUUAUUUUCGAAAUGUUUUAAGUCCUGGAAUCCAGUGCAUCAAAUGUAUUGGUCCAAUGUGAUAUGCAGGUUUUUUUCUAUUUAAAUGUUACAUUUUUUUGUAAGUUAUAGUAGGUUUAUACUCAGUCAAUGCAGAGCUUUCAAUACUUUUAUUAGGAAAGUGGUAAAUUCUGGGAUGUGCCUUUUUUUUAAAGUAAAUAUAUCUUAAAUUACUUAAUGUAAUUUGUAUUCUACAUUUUCUCUUUAAAUUCCAGAUAGCUUUAAGUGUGUGGUGAAUUUGAUUUAAAGAAUAUAUUCAAGUGUCAGUAGAAUAAGGCAGUGAAGAUUAAUGGAGUUUGAGAGAUACAUAGUUAAAGGCUAUAAAGGGCCAUCUUGUUUUGGAUUAUAUUAAUAGAUUUUGCCAUUUCCACUAACUCAAACCUUCAGUGACACUAAAGGUUACUGUGAUACUUCAAAACUACUGCUACUUUAAACUUCAGCUCGGGUUUUUUAAUUGUGAAUUUUACAGUUUUAUUGCUUAAUACGCACUUGUAUCUUGUAUUGAAUUAUUCAAUUAUUUAGAGCAAGACAUUUUAUGAUUUUCAAUUAUUUUUAUAUUCAGAGGUUAAUGAAGAGAACUGUGUUGUUUGCCUUCUCUUGUGGUUGUUAACCCAGGUGCUUUCCGGGAGAGUUUAAGCUCCUUAAACCUGCUUGUUGUUUCUUAGAUCAGUUGUUACUCAUGUCGCUAAGCUGUUACAAUUCAACUAUAACGUGACGAUUGGUCAACAUGUCCACUGAUGUAUUGAUACUACUGUGAAGCUAUGCAACUCACUGCAAUUAAAAGACAUCAAGCUGAGUUA